AUGUUACUUCCCUCGCUACCUGUAGCAGAUCCCUUCAACGUUUUUCGAGAAUACACCCACGCAGCCACAAGUUCUCAUUAUUUUCAUCACUUAUCAGCAGUCCCGUCUUACCAUUUCCAGAGUUAUUCCAGCGCUGGAAUCACGCCCUGCAACCCUGCACCAGGCAUCGGCGAUCUCUGCGACCCCAACAAGCGCAUCGUUUUCAUCUUCGCGCCGCUACCUAUCUUCGUCCCGUGGCUCUUCCUUUCUCCACCAACGAUUAUCUUACCAAUCGUUCCCAGCCCAGCCAGUGCCGAGAUGAAUUCCAAUGAUAGCGACAAGAGGGACAAGACAAAAGUUGAGAUGCAUAAAAAAGACUCUGAGUCUAUUUCAACUGACUUCCAAGAAUAUGCCAUCCGAUCUCAACUUCUGUGCUUCAAAGAAGGCCUGACAACUACUCAGCUGAACAACUGGUAUCGCAGUUUCUUCAAAACACCGAUAGCGCAGACGACCGGCGAAAUCGAAGCUUGGCUGACCAAGCAGACUGAUCUCUGCCGCUCGAAAGGCAAGACUGUUAGUGGUGAAAAACUUUGGGUGGGUAUUCCGACUCAAGAGACGAAGCAUGUGUCUGACUUGAUUUCUCAUCAGAAGAGUGCUAAGCCGAAAAAGACUAAGAAGAUCGCGCGCCAGUCCGCUAAAUUCGCGAAGUCUAUCGAGCAGGCUCCGCCGGCGCAGAAGGGUGCUAGCAGUUCCGCCUCCAAGAACAGCUACCGAUCGAGCUACGGUCGAAAGACAUCAAAGCCAAGUCUUUCGCGACGAUCUUCAAAUGCUUCCAACACGAGUCAAGCGUUCCAGCGAAAGCCUGUCAACAGCCCUGUUGUUCCUGCUUGUGCUGGAAACUCGAUGAAGAAGUCGUAUGAGUUUGACAGACGCACGGAUCACACUCGGGUAUUUAACGGUUACAAUUUGGAAGAAGACCGCAAGGAAUACGAAACAAACACGAUCACCAUCAAACGGCCACCCAGCGUUGUCGAGAAAUCGUACAGCUCGACUCCUACCACUGAUAGCAGCGAUGAAGAAAGCUACGACAAAAAUGCGAUCAUUUCGUCGAUUAAAAAAGCGCACGAACAAAUGAGACGAAAUGGAAGCAUGAAAUCUUCUUCCGAAAAUCAUGAGCCAAGGCCUGAAAGCAUCAGGUCAAUGAAAGAUGAGGCUAGAGUCGGAAGCGUGGCUCGCACUGACAGCAUCCGAUCUGCAUACGAUCUACCGCCAGCUUGCGUCGAUCGUAGGACGCCCAUGUCAUCCUCCGUACUCGGAGAGCCUAAAGAGGCCAAACUUGAGAGCCUUAGGGAUGACACUUCAGUCGCAAAGAGCGAGGUCAGUACAAUCCGAAGUCGCAAGUAUGGUAUCGAUGAAAUGCGGCAAUUCAUUGGGUUGGAGCUCAAGAGUCACGGCGACAGCAUGUCGAUCUCCAACAUUCUUGGGCUCUUGAACGAUGAUUUCAUGAGUGGCGUUCUGAAAAGACCUGGACUCUCUAAGGAGAAAUUUCUCAACGUCCUUAAAAUGUUCGAAGAGUUCUACGUAGAGAACGGCAGAGUAUUUUUGCAGAACGCCGAGUCAACUGAGGAAGAAGAGGACACUGAAGAGGAUAGUUCGGAGUCAAUCUCCGACAGUGGCACCGAUGUCUCCGAGCUUGGAAUGUUUGGCGUUCCUAAGCCGCAGACAACCCUUCAAAACACAGCAAAACCUGCACCUGCGAUCGAGAGCGAGCCAAUGUCUAGCAUGGCGAGACAAGUGUACGACGCCAAACAGGAGCUCGCUGCUCUUCGUCUUCGCGACGCUAACCUCCACACUCAGCUGGUGCAAAUCCAGAAUCGCAUCGCUGAAAACAAGGAGGAGAUGGAAGCGGCGCAGGAAAAGUACGAACAACUUGCUGACGAGUUCGUCGAAGGAUUUAUGAAAGCUUUCUGA